CGGGUCGGGGAGGGGCAGUAAGAGAAGGGAUGUGUGUCUGUGUGUGUGGAGGGGUGCUCCUUCGCUCCUGCUUUCCCAGGCUGGUGGGUUCCCUUUGUGGCCACCUGGGGCGACGUCUUAGGCAGUCGUGGUUCCUGUGAUCUGUGUCCUCUUUGCAGAAGUCCUGUGUCCGUCCAGCUCAUGUGCUGUGUGUGUCUGUAAAGCCUCAUUCCGUGCCGUCUGGCAGGGAGCUCCAUCUCAUCUCAUCAUCUCACGGCCCUGGCACUGCCUCAGCAUGGCCAUCUCAUCACGCCUCGCCCUUUGGGAGCAGAAGAUUCGGGAAGAGGACAAGAGCCCUCCGCCCUCCUCGCCCCCUCCCCUUUUCUCUGUCAUCCCAGGGGGCUUCAUCAAGCAACUGGUCCGGGAGACUGAAAAAGAGGCCAAGGAAGCGAGACAGAGGAAACGGUCAGCCCUCGCCUCUCCAGAACGAGAGACCCCAGAAAUUCCCGUCAGCCAACCCAGCAGCAAGUCCAGCGGUGGCAGCAGACCUGGAAGCCAGCAGAUCUCUCAGGAAAACCAGUCAAGCUCUCCUGGGAGCUCGGACAUUCUGGGCAAGGCGAGCGAGGGGGCCGGCAGCCCCGACCCUGAGCGGAUGACCAGCAUCAAUGGUGAGAAGGCCCAGGAGCUGGGCUCCAGUGCGACACCAGCCAAAAAGACCCUCCCCUUCAAGAGGGGCGUGAGGAGGGGUGAUGUAUUGUUGAUGGUGGCCAAGCUGGACCCGGACUCAGCCAAGCCAGAGAGGACUCAUUCCCAUGACACCCCCUCUUGCAAAACCCCAUCCCCAGCUGCAGACCCUGGAAAGGAAAAGAAAGGGGAGACCUCUAGGACUCCUUGUGGCCCCCAGGCCAGCACCGAGAUCUUGGCCCCAAAAGCUGAGAAGACCAGGACUGGGGGUCUUGGUGACCCAGGCCAAGGAACAGUGGCACUGAAAAAAGGGGAAAAGGGUCAAAGCAUAGUGGGGAAGGCGGGUGGGGUCCCCAAGACCAAAGAGCUGAAAGAGGGUGAGCCCCAGGACAAAGACAGCCAGGGGACCAGGCCCCCAGCCCAAGGGCCCAGCGAGGGGGUGCAGGUGGGGACAGCGGAGAAGGAGGGAGGGGAGCCCACAAACAUGGUGGAGAAGGGGGAUGUCUCCAAGGAGGCAGGGAGUGAAGGGAAGCAUGUUGGGCCCCAAAUUCCAGGCAGAAAGUGGGGAGGUUUCCUGGGAAGAAGGAGUAAGUGGGACGGUCCCCAGAAUAAGAAGGACAAAGAAGUGCUCUUAAGUAAGGGAAGGAAGACAGGUGAGCCUCAGACCCAGAUGGAGAAGACAAGCCAAGUACAGGGCAAGCCGGGGGAUGAUCUGAGAGUGGGAGAGAAAGCAGGUGAGCUUCAGAGCUCAACUGGGAGGGCAGGUGAGUCCUGGGAUAAGAAGGAAAAGAUGGGGCAACCCCAGGGUAAGUCUGGGAAGGCAGGUGAAGUUCGGAGUCAGAUUAAGAAGGGCUGUGAAGCCCCAAACGAGGUGGGUACAAUGGUGGAGCCGCCAGCAGCUGCGGGGAAGGGAGGCUGGCCAGGAAGCCGUGGGCAGGAAGUAGAGGAGCCCUGCUCAAGAGCAGAUGACAGGGCUGGUGCCCUGGAGACAGAGCUGGAAGGACUCAGCCAGCCUCCUCUGGAGAAGGAUGCAGAAAGGCCUCGGAUACCAAAGGAUAACCAAGAUGGGCUGGCCCCACAGGAGGCAGGCAGAGGAGGCCACAGCAGAGACGCAGACCAGGCUCCUGAGGACAGAUGGUAUGAGGCACAGAAAGUCUGGCUGGCUCAGAAGGAUGGAUUUAUCCUUGCUACGAUGCUAAAGCCAGAUGAGGGAACAGCAGACCUGCCAGCAGGAAGGGUGAGACUUUGCAUCAAUGCUGACCAAACCAUCACUGAGGUAGAUGAGGAGCAUGUCCAUAGGGCCAACCCCCCUGAGCUGGACCAGGCCGAGGACCUGGCCUCUCUCAUCAGUGUCAACGAGUCCAGUGUCCUGAACACGCUUCUGCAGCGCCACAGGGCUCAGCUGCCGCACACGUGCACAGGGCCUGAUCUGAUCGUCCUCCAGCCCCGGGGGCCUUCGAUGCCCUCUGCAGGGAAGGUGCCCAGGAGUCGCCGGGAUGGCCUGCCCGCCCACGUUGGCUCCAUGGCCCAGCGGGCAUACUGGGCACUGCUGAACCAUUGGAGAGACCAGAGCAUUGUGGCACUGGGCCGGAGUGGCGCUGGGAAGACCUCCUGCUGUGAGCAGGUCCUGGAGCACCUGGUGGGGAUGGCAGGCAGUCUGGAUGGCAGGGUCUCAGUGGAGAAGAUCCGAGCCACCUUCACCAUCCUUCGGGCCUUCGGCUCGGUGUCCGUGGCCCACAGCUGCAGUGCCACCCGGUUCGCCAUGGUGAUGUCACUGGACUUCAACGCCACAGGCCGCAUCACGGCUGCUCAGCUCCAGACAAUGCUUUUGGAGAAGAGCCGCGUGGCACGGCAGCCAGAAGGCGAAAGUAACUUCCAGGUUUUCUCCCAGAUGUUGGCUGGAUUGGACCUGGAUCUCAGGACGGAGCUGAACCUGCACCACAUGGCAGAGAGCAGCUCCUUUGGCAUGGGUGUGUGGUCCAAGCCUGAAGAUAAGCAGAAGGCAGCAGCUGCCUUUGCCCAGCUCCAGAGUGCCAUGGAGACGCUGGGCAUUUCAGAGAGCGAGCAGCGGGCCAUUUGGCGGGUCUUGGCAGCCAUCUACCACCUGGGCGCGGCAGGGGCCUGCAAAGUGGGUCGGAAGCAGUUCAUGAGGUUUGAGUGGGCAAAUUAUGCAGCUGAGGCCCUGGGCUGUGAGUAUGAGGAACUGAACACGGCCACCUUCAAGCACCAUCUCCGACAGAUCAUCCAGCAAGUGACGUUUGGGCCAAGGCGAUGGGGCCUCGAGGACGAGGAAGCCAGCUCAGGGCUCAAGAUGACAGGCAUGGAGUGUGUGGAGGGGAUGGCCUCCGGCCUGUACCAGGAGCUCUUUGUGGCCGUGGUCUCACUCAUCAACAGGUCCUUCUCCUCCCACCAUCUCUCCAUGGCCUCCAUUAUGGUGGUGGACUCUCCAGGCUUCCAGAACCCCCGGCACCAGGGCAAGGACCGGGCGGCCACCUUUGAGGAGCUGUGCCACAACUACACCCACGAACGCCUGCAGCUGCUCUUCUACCAGCGGACCUUUGUCUCCACGCUGGAGCGAUAUCGAGAGGAAGGUGUUCCUGUGCAGUUUGACCUCCCGGACCCCUCCCCGGGGGCCACUGUGGCUGUUGUGGAUCAGAAUCCCUCUCAGGUCCGCUUACCAGCUGGAGGAGGUGCUCAGGAUGCCAGAGGCCUUUUCUGGGUCUUGGAUGAGGAAGUCCGAGUAGAGGGCUCCAGUGACAGUGUGGUGCUUGAGCGUCUGUGUACCGCCUUCGAGAAGAAAGAAGCUGGGACUGAAGGGUCCUCUGCCCUGCGGGCCUGUGAGCAGCCCCUCCAGUGUGAGAUUUUCCACCAGCUGGGACGGGACCCUGUGCGCUACGACCUCACGGGCUGGCUCCACAGAGCCAAGCCCAACCUCUCAGCCCUGGAUGCACCCCAGAUCCUGCAGCAGUCAAAAAGGGAGGAGCUGCGGAGUCUAUUCCAGGCCCGGGCCAAGCUGCCUCCUGUGUGCCGGGCUGUGGGGGGCCUGGAGGGCACCUCCCAGCAGGCCCUGCAGAGGAGCCGCAUGGUGAGGAGGACAUUUGCCAGCAGCCUUGCCGCGGUGAGGAGGAAAGCCCCGUGCUCCCAGAUCAAGCUGCAGAUGGAUGCACUGGUCCGCAUGAUCAGAAAGUCCCAGCUGCACUUUAUCCACUGCCUGGUACUGAACCCUGUGGUGGAAAGCAGGAAUGGGCAGGAAUCUCCAACGCCACCACAGCCUGGUGGAGACAAGCCUGGGGCAGGUAGGCCCCUGGCCUUGGAUAUCCCAGCACUGAGGGUCCAGCUGGCUGGGUUCCACAUCCUGGAGGCUCUGCGUCUGCACAGGACAGGCUAUGCUGACCACAUGGGGCUCACUCACUUCCGCCGGCAAUUCCAGGUGCUGGACCCUCCACUCUUGAAGAAGCUCAUGUCGACCUCCGAGGGAAUAGAUGAAAGGAAGGCUGUGGAGGAGCUCCUGGAGACCUUGGAUCUGGAAAAGAAGGCAGUGGCUCUGGGGCACAGCCAAGUUUUUCUCAAAGCAGGUGUGAUCUCUAGGCUUGAGAAGCAGCGAGAGAAGCUGGUCUCUCCGAGCAUCGUGCUCUUCCAGGCGGCUUGCAAGGGUUUUCUGUCUCGCCGGGAAUUCAAGAAGCUGAAGAUUCGCCGACUGGCUGCACAGUGCAUCCAGAAGAAUGUGGCCGUGUUCCUCUCAGUCAAGGACUGGCCAUGGUGGCAGCUCCUGGGAUCUCUCCGGCCCCUCCUUAGUGCCACCAUUGGAAAUGAGCAGCUCCGAGCCAAGGAGGAGGAGCUUACAACGCUGAGACGGAAGCUAGAAAAAUCAGAGAAGUUGCGGAAUGAGCUCCGGCAGAACACAGAUACGCUAGAAAGCAAGAUUGCUGACUUGACCACUGAACUUGCCGAUGAGCGCUUCAAAGGUGAUGUGGCCUGCCAGGUGCUGGAGAGUGAGCGGGCAGAGCGGCUACAGGCCUUCCGGGAGAUCCAGGAGCUCAAGAGCAAGUAUGAACAAGUCCAGAAAAAACUGGGAGAUGUGAAUAAACAGUUGGAAGAAGCCCAGCAGAAAAUUCAGUUGAAUGACUUGGAAAGGAAUCCUGCUGGAGCAGAUGAGUGGCAGAUGCGCUUUGAUUGUGCUCAGAUGGAGAACGAGUUCCUCAGAAAGCGUCUGCAGCAAUGUGAGGAGAGGCUGGACUCGGAGCUGACAGCCAGGAAAGAGCUGGAGCAGAAGCUCGGGGAGCUGCAAAGCGCUUAUGAGGGGGCCAGGAAGAUGGCUCAGCAACUGAAGAGGAAGUGCCACCAUCUUACCUGUGACCUGGAGGACACCCGUGUCCUGCUAGAGAACCAACAGAGUCGAAACCAUGAGCUAGAGAAGAAGCAGAAGAAGUUUGACCUGCAGCUGGCCCAGGCCCUAGGUGAGUCUGUGUUUGAAAAGGGUCUCCGCGAGAAAGUGACCCAGGAGAACACCAGUGUCCGGUGGGAGCUAGGCCAGCUGCAGCAGCAGUUGAAGCAAAAGGAGCAGGAAACUUUGCAGCUGAAGCAGGAGGUGGAGAUGCUACAGGACCAUAAACGGGAGCUGCUGGGAUCACCAUCUCUGGGGGAAAAUUGUGUUGCUGGCUUGAAGGAGAGACUCUGGAAGUUGGAAUCCAGUGCCAUUGAGCAGCAGAAAAUCCAGAGCCAGCAGGAAAGCACCAUAAAGCAGCUGGAGCAGCUCCGCCAGCGGUUUGAGCUGGAGAUUGAGCGGAUGAAGCAGAUGCACCAGAAGGACCGUGAGGACCAGGAGGAGGAACUGGAGGAUGUCCGUCAGUCCUGCCAGAAGCGGCUCCGUCAGCUAGAAAUGCAGCUGGAGCAAGAAUAUGAAGAGAAGCAGAUGGUUCUCCAUGAGAAGCAAGAUUUGGAAGGCUUGAUUGGAACCCUCUGUGACCAGAUUGGCCAUCGGGACUUUGACGUGGAGAAGCGACUUCGGAGAGACCUCAAGAGGACACAUGCGCUGUUGUCAGACGUGCAGCUCCUUCUGGGCACCAUGGAGGAUGGCAAGACGUCAGUCAGCAAGGAGGAGCUGGAGAAAGUGCACAGCCAGCUGGAGCAUAGUGAAGCCAAGUGUGAGGAGGCCUUGAAGACCCAGAAGGUGCUCACAGCAGACCUGGAGAGCAUGCACAGCGAGCUGGAGAACAUGACACGGAACAAAAGCCUGGUGGAUGAGCAGCUGUACAGGCUGCAGUUUGAGAAGGCGGACCUCUUGAAGCGCAUCGAUGAGGACCAGGAUGACCUGAAUGAGCUGAUGCAGAAGCACAAGGACCUCAUUGCCCAGUCUGCUGCUGAUAUCGGGCAGAUCCAAGAACUUCAGCUGCAGCUGGAGGAAGCCAAGAAGGAGAAGCAGAAGCUUCAAGAACAACUGCAGGUGGCUCAGAUGCGCAUUGAGUACCUGGAGCAGUCCACCGUGGACCGAGCCAUCGUCAGCAGGCAGGAGGCAGUCAUCUGUGACCUGGAGAAUAAGACGGAGUUCCAGAAGGUGCAGAUUAAGAGAUUUGAGGUCCUGGUGAUCCGGCUUCGGGACAGCCUGAUCAAGAUGGGGGAAGAGCUUUCUCAGGCGGCCACAUCUGAGUCCCAGCAGCGGGAGAGCAGUCACUACUACCAGCGGCGCCUGGAGGAGCUGAAGGCCGACAUGGAAGAGUUGAUGCAGCGGGAGGCUGAGGCCAGCCGGCGGUGCAUGGAGCUGGAGAAGUACGUGGAGGAACUUGCGGCAGUGAGGCAGACCCUCCAGACAGACCUGGAGACGUCCAUUCGGCGGAUUGCUGACCUGCAGGCAGUCUUGGAAGAAGUGGCAUCCAGUGACAGUGAUACUGAGAGUGUCCAGACGGCAGUGGAUUGUGGCAGCAGUGGCAGAAAAGAGAUGGAUAACGUCUCCAUCCUCAGCUCCCAGCCAGAGGGCAGUCUGCAGUCCUGGUUGAGCUGUACUCUGUCCCUGGCCACAGAUACUAUGAGGACUCCUUCUCGACAGUCAGCCACCAGCAGCCACAUUCUCAGCCCCAGGAAGUAACGUUUCUGUCAACAACGUCAGCUCCUUCUCAGCUCUUCGUUUCCUGCAGUUCCUGUCUUGCCCGACCCCUGCAGAGUGGAAGAAGGUGAUGGAUGGGUAGAGAAAGGGGAGAUGGACAGCUGCCAGGGAAGAAUCUGUGAUUCGGGAGCCUUUUGGUGACAUGCACUGUCAAAGGACUAGGACAGAAUGGCUUUUUCAAACAGCAUAAAUAGAAAACCAGUGGGCCCGAGCGCUCGCUGCUACAUAAUGAACGUGCCUGCCUUUUGCUAGCAACAUUUUAAAUCAGUAAUUGGCCCGACAGGGGACGUGAACUGUUCACUGAGUCACAGAAUAGGACAGAAAAUCUCAGAAUGGCUUCACCUCCCAUCAGGAAAGCCGCCUGUGUGCCAAGCCCUGUAGAGAUGCAUUUCUGGCAUUUGGAGGAGUGCAGACAUUCAAAAUAAGAAAGGGCUUCAGAGGACAACCGUCCCCAAGGUCCCCGGUCUUUUCCACAUCAGAAGACUCUUUGAUAUGUUCCCCUCUUUCCCUAGGGCCCCUUGUUCUAAAGGAUACAGUCGGCAAACUAAACUGCUCUGAUCAUCUAAAAAAAAAAAAGGAUGUUUCCCACAGAAUAACCACAGAUCUAUAUAACGGAUGAUCACUUAGUUAAUAUGAUGCCUCUAAAAGAUAAGCGGCCUGUCUCAUCUAAAAUAAUCAUAAUGUCAAUAAUAAUAUGAUUUUAUUGGGUGCUUGCUAAAGCUCAGAUGAGGGAUUUACAAUGCUUAUCCUACUUCAUCCUUACGAGACUAUCAUAAAGUUGUCUUUAUUUCAGAGUUCAGGAAACAGAAGCAUGGAGUCCUGUAACUUACUCAACUAGGAUCAAAACCCAGGUUUAUCUGACCGCAAAGUCAGUCUUUUUUUUUGUGAUUUAGCUUCCAAAGUACAUUGCCUAUACUUAACCACUCCAUGCUACAGUUUUUCUAUUAGUCUUUUUGAAAUAUUGACACUCAUUUUGGGGAAUGUCCAUCAACUUCUUCACAAGCUUCUGCAAGAUUGGAGGCUCUAGGGGUUAAGUGUUGUUGUUUUCCUUUAAUAGUUAAAGAAUGGAGACCCACAGAGGGCUGGAAACUUGCUCAGUAUCGACCUAGCUAAUUAGCAGCAACACUAAUUUUAAAUGCUAGCUUUAAAAAUUCUGGGUUCUGAGAUCUUUAUGUCACUCUCAAUUUGAGGAAGUAAUAGUUGAAUACCUACCAGAGGGAGAGCGGAUAAAUAGCAAGCAUGUCAUCCCCCUCAUGACCAAUAGCCAUGGCAGACAUUACUAAUAGAUCAUGAAACUCUUUCCUGCUGAAUCUGGAUGUGGCUCUAUGCAGGCACUCCCAAUCAAUUAGAAUUGGCAAAUGAGACAAAUCUUGUUCACUAUUGGCACCAUAUGCAACACUGUUCAAGGUCCUCAAGAUGAUGUAAAACAAGCACGAAAUGAGGGUCUGCUUUCAAAAAUGCUAUCACUUUCAGAAAAUUAUUUCAGUCCAAAGUAAUUUCUUUCGAAGUACUAGGGCAGACCAACUUCUAAUGCCAGUGAUUUUUGGAGACAGGCAAUAUCAUGAGUAGAUUGAUAACCUGUUCAUAAAGUCAAGAUCAACCAGGACGAGCGUAGGGAUAGGGACCAUCUUGAGGAGAUGGGAUGUGAGAAUGUGAGUGGGAGAAGGUGGUUGCUGGAGGGUCAGUCAAUAGGGGAAGGCAUUAACUCAAGAGAAAUGUGUGAGUGCAUGAAGCGGAGAGUGGGGGUGGAAAUGUAAUCUGACAAGGAGGGACACUGAAAUCGAUAGCUCAGAGAGAAUGCAGUAUCCAUUGUGCUCCAGGAACAGCAAUAGUUUGCAUGUUUAUCUCCUCAAACUUCAUGUUGAAAUUUGAUCCCCAGAACUGAAGGUGGGGCCCAAUGGGAGGUAUUAGGGUCAAAGAGAAAGAUUCCCCAUGAAUGGCUUUGAGCUGUCCUCAUAGUAAUGAGUGCAAUUCUCACUCAAUUACUUCUUGCAAGAGCUGGUUGUUAAAAAAAGGCCUGGCAUCCCCCCCACUUUUCCUCUCUCAUCAUGGGAUCUCUGCACACACACUCUCCUUUGUCUUCCACCGUUAGUGGAAGCAACUUGAGGCUCUCACCAGAUGCAGAUACUGGCGCCAUGUUUCUUGUACAGCCUGCAGAACCGUGAGCCAAAUAAUCCUCUUUUCUUUAUAAUUACACAGCCUCAGGAAUUCCUUCAUACAACGCUAAGUGGACUAAGACAUGGACGAAGCUGAGAUUUAAGGGUGGAUGGAGCAGGUGAAAAAUAUUCAUUGUGGCAUAUCAACACUUCCAAUCAAGAUAGCUCUUCUCUUUGCCUCUUCACCUUUUUUAAAGAAGUGACCGUGGUAAAAGAAAGAGUUAUAGAAUUGGGAGAAAGUGAUAAUAUAAUAUAGACCCUUCCAAAACCUUUGGGACAUUUUCCCCCUCUGAAAUAGACUUGGACAAGGACAUUUUCUGACUCCCAGAAGUGGUGAAUGCCACGUGAUCAGCAAAUUCUGUCAAGACUCUCCCAGCCAAACAAGUCUAUGUCAUCUUGCUUGUUACUUUACCUCUUUAAAGGCAAUGACUACUGAGACGAUGGAUCUCAGAAACAUUAGCAAAGGGAGUCGAAAGAACAAAGGGAAGAGGAUCCAAAUGUGGAGUGAAGAAGAAGGAGAUGGUGUGAGUUACUAAGUACAGAACAGCCCAACUCCAUGGUGGGAAAGAAAGAAACUAUGCAAAUGCCAGGAUAAGCAUUUCCACUUUGGAAUUCUAGGAAAUGAGAGUUUUCUGGAGAAGUUUUUCAUCAAGGAAGAAAUUCUAUCUCAUGAAUGUGUCAAGAUUUAGAACCAAGCCCCUUUCACAGGCAAGGGAAGCUCAGGUGCGCGUUGACUGUGCCCUGAGUUUGGGAAAGAGGACAGUGUCUUCCUGGGCUAAGCAGCUGUCUGCACCACUUUGAAUCAAUUUCCACUUGAACAUGUGGCCACUGCCUUCCAAACUCCAUCUUCGAACCCCAAGAAUGCAUCAUACAGAAUUAGUCUCACAAUUCCACAGACAAAACUAGCUUCUGCGAUGAGAUAUCAGCCCUUGACUGGCGGUUAAUUACGUACAAUUCAAAAUAAACCCCCUGUUGUUCAAAUCACCCUUGCCUCUGGAGCUCUUGGAAGAAGAAAUUGCAUGCCAUCCUGGGUAAGGUUGGAGAAGGUGUCUGGGUCUAGGCUGCAACAUUUGGCACAUCUUAAAGACACACGUAAGAACAACACGGUAGAUUGUUGUGAGAGCUGAGGACAGACUUUGCAAAUCAGAAUUCUGGGGGAAAUGAUUUUAAGCAUAAAAAUGUUUUUUUAAUGAUUAUUCUAUCAGCCUUGUGAUCGGUGCAGGACUUUGUUCCUGUUGAAAGAAGUAAAGCCUUGGUACAUCCCCAGCAUCCUUUAGUGAGCUCUCUAGGGCAGGGAUCAGGGAACCGCAGCCUGUCAGCCACGUUCUACUCACUCCUUGUUUCACCAGAACACAUCAUUUGUUUACAUAUGUUCUAUGGCUGCUUUGAACUACAACGGAAGAUGUGAGUAGCUGCAGUGGAGACCAAAUAGCCUGAAUGGCUCACGGAGCCUAAAUUAUUUACUACCUGGCUCUUUAUAGGAAAAAGUUUGCCAAUCCUUGAUUUGGGGAAACAUCAGGGAAACCACCUAACCCUGUGUUUUGAAGCUGGGUUCUGCUGGUCCAUGACCUUCUGAUCUUUCCUCUGCUCUGGGAAGGAAAUUUGCAGUGUAGGAAAUUGCAAAGGAGCUGUCUCCCAUAAGUGUGUUUGAGGCUCCUCGGCCAACUGUCUUCUGUCUGGAAUCGGCAAUGGCAGAUACUGACAGUAGACUAAAGAAGGAAAAGAUUAAACACACACACAUGUAUACACGUAUACACACACACAUUUACAUAUACACACAAACAGCACAAACACACCCACCCACACAUUUAUACAUAUGUACCUUAUACACACACAAAUAUGCACACAGAUACACACAUGCAUGCAUAUACAUCUACAUACAUAUCCACAAAAACAUGCACACAUUUAUACAUAUACACAUACACAUAUGCACGUAUACACACGUACACAUACACACAAGCAUAUAUACCUAUACACAAUAGACACAUAACAGACACAUGCCCACAGUUUUACAUAUACACAUAUACACACAUACAUUCACAUGCAUGCACACACUCAUGUAUGCACACAUGAACACAUACCACAUAUAUACACAUAUACAUACACACACAUGCACGUGCACACACACGUGCGCACACACACACACCAGUCAGCAUCUCCAGUGGCAACCGUCAACCUUCUGUGGCUGCAGUUACUGUUGCCUGGCCCCCUGUGGUGCCAGCUUUUGCUGAGGGAUUCCAGAUCCUGAAUUCUUCCUAACAGGAGGUGGUAGGAACUUCCUGCCAUACCACUCUCUGUGAUAUCCCAAGGUUGCUAGUAAACUCCUCAGCCCUUCCAUCCCUGUAUAACCAGUUCCUUUUGUCAGAUUCCUGCUUUUAAAUCCAUAGAUUUGUUUCUGUUCUCUUGAUUGGGUCCUGACAGCUCCAGGUCCUGACCCUGAAUCCUGGCCACAGCGUGAUAGUCCUGUUAGGGUCAGCUUUCUGUUUUCCACUUUGAUGUGGCUGUUGGAGUUUUGCUUUGAAUAUUGGGUGGCUGUGUUCUUUCAAAUUGUUGGAGCAGCUUCAUGAGCUAAGGAGUCCUUGCUAGAAUCAUGGCUUCUCCACCCUCACCAGAUGAAUAUCCAUCUCCAACUUCCAGUAUCUCUCUCCUGCCCACAGUGAGAUGGGACUCCAAGGAGGUGGCACUAUAACAGCUCUCAGCUCCUGCGCUCCUACCACCAGGAAAAGUCAUUCUUAUGAUGCUCUUUGCUUGUUUCUGCACUGCUCACACUCCCAACACCCUCCGCCCAACUCCAGCCUCUUAGCCACGUAGAUAAUAACCCUGACCUCACUCCUACUGCAGAUUGUUCGGUUUUGAUGCUCUCAACAUGUGAAUCUUAGCCCUUUCUAGCCCAUCAUUUUUCCAUGAUUUAAAAAUUGAUCCUGGAAAAAAAAAAUCAGUGAUCAAAACAUUUUAGAAAAUGCUGGGUUAAACAAAUUAAAAGAGGUCUCUUCAAUACAGGACUUCUCAGAGCCUUCAAAAUAAGAGGCAACCAGGAUGGCAGUGUUUUCAAAGCUAGUUUGAGCCUGGAACUUUUCAUAUCUGUGUGUGAACCAUCUCAUGGGACUUGGGAUCCAUGAAACAUUAUUUGAUAUGAUGAAUGCUUGUUGUUUCUGUCUGUCCAGCUUCCAUCUUUCUCUUACCCCCUUCUUCUGGUGACAGGAUAACUCUCUUGAAUCAGAGACCUUUUCCUUCUGGUAUCAGUGGGACUGACCUUUCCACCAUCAUCUUCAAAAACAGAAUUGUCACAUCAUCUAGUCGUGUCCACAGUGGUUGACUGAGGUCGGGAAGUUAUCUAAACUGGGACAACCAGAGUCCUUAGGGAGAUUUCCUAACAACCAUUUCAGGUUUCAGGAAGCACUUGUUCUUUCUUUCACUGGGGCUGUUGAGUUCCUAGAAUAUUAGUGGGCCAGGGGUCUAAUGGCUAUGAGGUAUGGAGAAACUAUUGGAAUAGAAACCAAGCCAAGAGCGAUAACAGAAUUGACAGCUAGAGAGAAAGCAGAACCCUGACAGUAUUUCCUAAGCCCCUGGACCCAGUCAAGCCUGAAACUGGUUCCAUUCCUCUGACUCCUUAAUUACAUGAGCUAAGAAAUCCUACCCCUCCAUUUUUAUUUUACUACUGUUAAUAAUUUUAUUCUUGCUGAAGGUAGUUUGAAUUCACCUUUUCGUCUCUCACAAAUAAAACAUGCCUGGCUAAUAGAUGGAGAAAACACAGCCUCUUCUGGCUCGAAGUACAUGCCAUGCUGCCUUGGGUCAGAAUCCCCCUGCUGGCUUUGAAUCCUUACAACACAAUCCCCAAGGUCAGGCCCUGUGCUUGGUGUUCCGUCCCAGCCACUUGAGGUCCCCUGAAGAGAGAAGGCCGUAUAGAGGUCAGGGCUUGAAUGGGAGAAGACAGAGGGAGUGAGACAAGACCACCAGGAGCCUCCAUCCAUGAAUAAUCUUUCCAAAGCCAGGUCUCAGUCUCCACAUUCUGGGUCUUGGCUUUGUGUGCACCCACUAGGUGGGACUUCAGGGCAUGGUCACCCAGCCCUGUGCCACUUCUUAAAUUAUGCCAUGAUUCUCCAUGUGCCCUGAAUUUCCAUCUUCUCUGCUGUUAUACCAUUCCAACACCAAAGAUCAUUGAUUCCAACCCUGGAAUGAUGUACUUGGUGCAACUAGAAAACAACAUAUGUUGACUUGAAUGAUAUUCAGAUUAAUAAAUGAGAGACUCCAAGGCCUUGCAGCUGAGAAGCAGCUUUAAUUUGGAAAUUACUCACGUGGAAUGGCAGCAGUGCCAAGAAUACAGGUGUAAACAAGUGGCAGAAAUGAGAAGAACCUGAUGCGUGAAGAGAACAAUGAAAAUAUUACCUCGUAUGCUAAACAGCCCUCAACAUUGGGAAAAAGCUUCCACAAUCUUGCUGAUGCUGAAACCACCUCUGAGCAGAUGAAGAUGAUCAGCCCCCUUUUGCGAAGGAGAUCAUCAAAGUGGCCAAGAAUAUACAAAGUGACCCAAAGUGCCCAAUGUCAGGUAGGCAGAGGGGGCAGUCAGGGCUUGAAUGUGAGAUGCCUGACACAGAUCCAGGUCUCUUUGCAAGUCGGAUAGGGAUGGUUAGCUGGUUUCCAUCUCCGAUCAACAUGAAACUGACUCUAUUUCCCAUUUUUCAGCCAUCCCAAAGGCUCCACCCCAAAAUCCAAAGUUUGCCUCAACACUAAACACCAUUUUGAUAGAAUGUCUACGUUUUCCUUCAACCAUUAGCCUUCCCAGUUGCCACGUGGGAAAACUGCGUCUAUAGAUUCCAGCUCAAACAAUAAAGGGUUAAGGGAUAAAAAAUAGUAUGAUAGCAAUUAAAGCUCUUCUUUUUCCUGAUCACUUAUUUCUUGAUUUGGUAGCUAAAAGCCUAUUAUGGCAUCUUAAGACAUCAAAGAGUGGUUUCUGUGGGGGGAAGGAGGCAAUCCUUUAAAAUAUGGUGGACAUAAGUAGAUCUUCUCUCUGUUUGCAAACCCAACCAACUCCAUUAAGAUGAACUAACUGUCCCUAAUAAGGACAGCAGCCAUCGGUUAAACAAUUAACAUAUCUUUAGAGUCCUUCUCCCCAAAUCAUCCAUAAGCUCCAGGAAAAAACAUGUGCCUGCCUUGUUCCUUAUUCUGUAUGUUCAGCUAUAUUAUUCUAGAUGCUUCAAGAAAAACAUGUGCCUGCCUUGUUCCUUAUUCCGUAUGUUCAGCUAUAUUAUUCUAGAUGCUUCAAGAAAAACAUGCGCCUGCCUUGUUCCUUAUUCCGUAUGUUCAGCUAUAUUAUUCUAGAUGCUUCAAGAAAAACAUGUGCCUGUCUUGUUCCUUAUUCCGUAUGUUCAGCUAUAUUAUUCUACAUGCUUCAAGAAAAACAUGCGCCUGCCUUGUUCCUUAUUCCGUAUGUUCAGCUAUAUUAUUCUAGAUGCUUCAAGAAAAACAUGCGCCUGCCUUGUUCCUUAUUCCGUAUGUUCAGCUAUAUUAUUCUAGAUGCUUCAAGAAAAACAUGCGCCUGCCUUGUUCCUUAUUUCGUA